GGGCAAUCACCAGCCUCCAACCUUCUGCCCGAGUCUGCCGCUGUCUCCUCAACGAGAUUGUAGCAAAGUGUCUCUCCCUUCUUCCCCAGAGCAUUCCUACCCCAUGAAAUUGUGCUGUAUCCUACGUUGCUCUUGAAUAUCUUGACAACAUGAAGCUCUGUCGGAGCCUAACAUUGUUGGGCUUUGGCGGAUUCUUGUCCCGGACCCAUGCUGAACCGACGAGCUCGAAGCCUCACCAGGUUGCCAUCAUCGGCGCCGGCGCUGCGGGUUCUUCGGCCGCAUACCACAUCCGCAAGUUUGCCACAGAGGCAAACAUCCCAAUCAAUGUCACCAUCUUUGAGAAGACAGACCGCGUAGGCGGGCGCACCCUGACCGUGGACGCGUACGGUGAUCCUAGCAUCCCUGUGGAACUUGGGGCAUCCAUCUUCAUCCAACUCAAUCACAUCCUCUGGGACGCGGCUCACGAGUUCAAUCUCUCGCUUCGGAUCCCGGGCCCAGACGAGGACGAGCUGCUGGGUAUUUGGGACGGCGAAGGGUUCGUGUUCCAGCAGGACAGCUCACAGUACGACUGGUGGAAUCUGGUCAAACUAAUGUGGCGAUACGGAAUCGCCCCUUACCGAGCGCAGAAGCUCAUGCAGGGCACCGUGGCCCAAUUUCUCAAGCUCUAUGAAGCCCCGAGCUUCCCCUUUCGCUCUCUGACAACCGCCUCCUAUGAGCUCAAUCUGACCUACUUUACCGGAUUAACCGGAGAACAGUUCCUGGCUCAAAGCAACAUCGAUGCUCGUUUUGCCCACGACCUCAUCCAGGCCGCUACCCGCGUCAACUAUGCUUCCAAUCUUGACAAACUCCACGCGUUGGAGACAAUGGUGUCCAUCGCCCCUGACGGCGCAUCUCAGGUGGCUGGUGGCAACUGGCGGAUCUUUGCCGCCAUGGUUAAGAACUCGGGGGCUUCCAUCCAGUUCAACACCUCCGUCGACUACAUCGGGCUGCAAUCAGAAAAAGAGAAGCAUGACGCCCGCUCCAGGUACAUCAUCCGAACCCAAUCGUCAGACGCUGCAGAGCCACUCGUCUUCGACAGGGUCAUUCUCGCCAACCCUUACCAGUUCAGCAACAUUGAGGCUGGCGAAAACGUCCUGAAGCAAACCAUCGACAAGAUUCCAUACGUCAAGCUGCACGUCACCUUGUUCACGUCCCCAUUCCGCCUGAGCGCCGAGUUCUUCGGCCUCGCGCCUGGCACCACGCCUCCGACGACCGUGUUAACGACGCUGGCCGAGGGAGAGGACAGCUCAUCUGGCGUCUCGGGGGCAGGGAAGGCUGGCUUCUUUUCGAUCAGUACGCUCAGGACACUGAAAAAUCCCAAGACCGACAGCGUGGAAUACCUGUACAAGAUAUUCUCACCAGAGAAGGUCUCGGCCGAGUUCCUCACCACACUACUUGGCGUGCCUGUCCCAGAAAUAUUCACUGGCCCAGUCAAAGGCGAUGCGCAAACGGACGCAGUCGAGCCUGUCUCGUGGAUCUACCCCCACGUCUUCCAUUCGUACCCCAAGGGACUGCCGCGUGUGACCUUCCAAGACCCGGUUCUGGGCGACGGUCUCUACUACACCUCUGGGAUUGAGAGCUUCAUCUCGACGAUGGAAACGAGUGCACUGAUGGGCAAGAACGUGGCCAGAUUGCUGGUGGACGAUGCUGUCCCGUCCUUCAAGGCGGCAGAGGAUGCUGGCGGCUCGCAGGCAAUGCCUGGUCCGUUGGAUGGAGAUGGGCGGCAGGCCGUUCUAGGCGGGUAGGACUGAGACAACAAAGGAGACAACAAAGGAGACAGAAAAGAGCAAGGUCCCCGGUCUUUUACAACCAAGUCCAAGUACAGCAGCGAGGAGACAUUGGAGAGAGGGAGCGAGAGACGCGGAAUGAUUGGAUAGUCCGACGCCCGAAUGAAACCCCAAAGUUCGACAGCACUUUUCGGGAUCUCCUGGUCUGUUUCCUCCUCUCCCUUGAAGAUAAAAAAGAGAGCUGUACAUACGUGUGUGACCCGCAUUCUGGCGUGAAGAAAUGGCUCCUGGUGAUCAUAGCAAAAAGCACGACCUUUGUGUUGGCGCUAUUGACGUGGCAA